AUGGCGGCCGGAAUCGCUUCAACCGCCCUCUUCUACUUCGGAUAUGUUCACCGUCGUCACGAGAAAUACGAGAAUUUCUUCAAGAACUACGACCCGUACACCCGGAUGAGGGAGAUCUGCGCCGCAAACAAGGGUUACAUGCACACCUGCCCGCAAGAGCUUGCCAAGCUCUAUGAGGAGAAGGGCAAGCCGAUCGCCGACCUG